UUUGAAUUUUUUUAAAAAACUUUAUAUAUCAGGCAGAUGGUGGAAUUUCUGGAUAAGAAGUGUAUUCAAGGGUAAAAGACAUGACAUCCCCCGAUGUUAAAACCUACCGAAAAUGCUGUGAAGCACUUUGUUAAUUUCUCAUCAUAUAUAACUUCAGGGAAGAAUGGAACAAACAAUCCGGUAAUCCUUACCCCGAAUGCCCAAACUUUGCUCUCUGUAUUGAUCAAAAAAAGGAGCAGUUUUGUGCCACAGGAGAACCCCUAUUUGUUUGGAUUCAACAAAUCAUGUACCCUGAGGGGUUAUAUAAUUCUGAACAAGAUGUAUGAUGAAGCGGGAUUAAAGUUCCAAGCGGCCCUGGAUAGAAGAAAAUAUUUAAAUACCAAAUAUGCGUCCAUGAACCCAUCGGAAUCACAGACCAAGUCCAUGGCUCAGUAAGUUUAUAUCACUGUAUUUUAAUCUUGAUUUUUAUCUUCAAUAAGCAUCCGAUCUGCUGAACUUUGUUUUGUCUGAAGUGUGGACAUCGAAUUUGUGAAGGAUUUAGGGUUUAUUGAAAAUAUAUUACUGUUUAACUAGGCUAUCAGUCUUCUAUUUAAAAUGUUAACUGUUGCUCAAAAUUCCACAUUCUCUCACUAUAAUAACAUUUUUU